AUGUCAUCGCGACUAGCUGACAGGACAGGCUCGAAAAGGAGCCGGUCUCGUUCGCCAUCGUCUUGGCGUCAGUCGCAGAAAUUCGCUCGCAGACACGAUGAACGCGACGGCCAACCCGAUUCCCGCAGCGGGCACUAUGUUCGAAGUAUAAAGGACCAGGUGCGUCUGAAUCAGCUUCAGGAAGAUGAACAGGCGCGGGAAUGGGUGGCACAAGAGGAUGUUUUCGUCCUUAAACAGGCGAAAAAGAAGGCAGAGAUACGAGUCAAGGAAGGCCGCGCAAAACCAAUCGAUUGGCUCACUGUCACCUUGAGGGUCAUCGAUCCCACGAGAAAUCCUUUAGAUGACGAGAUAGCAGACUCAGAGCUUGAUCUGGUUGAUCCGGAUGGUGUAUUUGAAGGGCUAUCCCAGGGCCAGUUGUUGGACCUGGAGAAGGAUAUAGACACCUUUCUGAACCUCGAAUCAAACUCGCAGAAUAGAGACUUUUGGAAGACUAUGAGGAUUAUUUGUAAAGACCGCCAGAAAACUACCGCACCCGAAGGCCGUGCCCUGAGUUCCGUCGUCGCAGACAUAAACAGACUGCUUAGCCCGAAAACUUACGAGCAACUGGAGGCUCUCGAAGUGCAGGUGAAGAGAAAGCUGGAUUCUAACGAACCUAUCGACUACGACUAUUGGGAGGAAUUGCUGCGCAGUCUCACUGUUUGGAAAGCACGGGCUAAGUUGAGGAAAGUCUAUCAAGCCGUCAUAGAAGAACGUGUUCGGGGACUGCGCAAACAACAGUGCGAAGAGGCGGAGUCUGUCCGGUUGAAAUUGGCACCGCUUGCCCCAGUUGUUAAGUCACCAGGCGAUGAGCGGCAAGUUGAAGGCAUUGAUUCUCAAGAGUUUGACGGCCUCGAUCCGGAACCACUGCUUCAAGUGCACCCAGAGGACAAGGUCUUACAGAUAGUAGAUGAAUCGGCGUUUCUUAACCAAGUGGCCCGUGAUCGUGAGAAGGUUUUGAAAAUGGGAUAUGUCCCAUUGCGACAUCGACAAACAGAGAAGCCGUCGACGCCAGCUGCGAACCAACCCUCGAAUGUUGCAGUUAAUUCCAUCUCCACACGAUUUUCCUCAAUUCCGAACGAGGAUUUCUCGCAGGCGACAAAGGCCCUCUACGAAAGGGAGCUUGCCAAGGGUGUAAGCGAGAACGAGGAGAUCUUCACUGGGGAAGAGGCUGUGAGUACAAGCUCGCGCCCUCAAUGGGCCAGCAAGUAUCGACCCCGCAAGCCUCGAUAUUUCAAUCGAGUGCAAAUGGGGUACGAAUGGAACAAGUACAACCAGACACAUUAUGACCAUGAAAAUCCGCCUCCAAAAGUCGUCCAAGGAUAUAAAUUUAAUAUAUUCUAUCCUGAUCUCAUCGAUAAGACGAAGGCUCCCACAUACCGGAUUGAACGAGAGCAUGGAAGGAGGCGGGGUCAGUCCUUUGCCCCCGCUGGUCAAGAGGAUACAUGUCUCAUUCGGUUCAUGGCCGGGCCGCCUUACGAAGAUAUUGCGUUUCGAAUUGUCGAUAAGGAAUGGGACUACAGUGCCAAAAGGGAGAGGGGAUUUAAGAGCACUUUCGACAAGGGUAUCUUACAGCUUCAUUUUCAGUUCAAGAGGAUCUACUACCGGAAGUAA